AUGGAACGUCCGUUGGUUUACCGCACCCGCAUUAAUGGCCAUGACGUGCUUACACACUUAAUGCGACGACCGAUUUUGUAUUUUGUCGCGUGGAAUUAUUAAUUUAUAGUUAACAAAAUUAAACACGUGAAGGACACAGCCUGCAACAAUUUUUAUUAUUUCUAUAUGUACAGAAUAUUGAGUGUUUGUAGUGCGUAAAUUACUGUAUAUUUAAUUAUUCAUAUAAAAAUUGUUUAUUUUUAUGACUGGUUAGUAACAUCCCAGACAGCAAUUAAAUUUUCUUAGAAUUUGUGCAGAAUAUUAGUUACUUAAUAAUAAUAUUCAACAAAAUUUUAAUUUAUGCACAAUAAUGUUACAGAAAUGUUCCUAAAAUGUUCAGUGGUCAUAUUUUGGCCGCUUUUUUAUGAUCUUGGGACAUUUAUAUAAUAAUAUUUAGUAAAUAUUUAAAAAAUCAUAUUUUUUUAAAAUUCUUUUUUAAUAAGAAAAAAUGCAAAAAAACGGAGCAUGUAUUUGAUGAACUGUUGGGGUAUUGAACCUGAGACCCUGUUUACUCUAACCUAACUUCUUAUCCAUUAAACUACCUACCAAAGUAUUACAAGGAUGUCGAUUUCAUAACUAUUUAAGUUGUUAAUUCAAUUUUAAUACAUUAUAUUAUAGGUACCUAUAAACAGUGACAUCUCAAAAUUGUGGCCGUUUUUGAAACAGGAACUUUAAAAUUUCAAAUGAUCUUGAUCAAAAAAACAUUGUUAAAAUCCAAUCUAAAAAACUUUACGAAUCAAUGUGUCAAUUUGAAGUGGCAUUUUAUGCAAUUUUUUGAAUGAUAUUUUAGAGGGGUUCGAUUCAACAAAUCAUAUUUUACAAGUCCCCGAAAAUAGUUCUUCAAACUGCUGUAAAUGCUCUUAAUUCUCUUUUAUCAUUUGUUCGAGAAAUACAAAACAAAUAUGAAGAAUACGAAGAAAAGGCAAAAGACAUGUCAGGAUUAAAUGAUUAUGCGCCAAUUCAUAAUCGGAAAAAAAAUGUUAGACUCAGUUCAUUAAAUAAUAAUCAAACAGCCUCAACUCAGUUAUUACCAAGAGAAAAAUUCAGAUCAGAAAGCUUCAUAUCAGUAAUUGAUCAGUUGACAGUAUCAUUAACCGAAAGAAUAGCUGCUUACGAAACAAUUUGUCAACGUUUUGGUUUUUUAAAUACAUUUGAAAAAUUAGAAACUUCUGAGCUACAAUCUGCUGCAAAUUAUCUUGUUAGCAUUUACCCCAAUGAUUUAGAAUCUUCACUUGGUAAUGAAUUCAUACAGUUCAGUUCAUUUGUCAAAAUAUAUGUAGAAACGCGUAAAGAUAAUGAGCAAUGGGAAAUAUUUUUAUACAGGAUUAUUGUGGAAAAUAAUUUACAAUGUACAUUUCCUAAUAUAGAAGUAGUGCUGCGUAUAUAUUUGGUUUUGAUGGUGUCCAACUGCAGUGGGGAACGAUCGUUUUCAAAAAUGAAGUUAAUAAAAAACCGACUACGAACUUCGAUGACACAAAGUCGACUAUCAACUCUUGCACUGUUAAGUGUAGAAAGUGACAUACUUAGAGCAUUGGAUUUUUCUCAAGUAGUUGAAAAAUUUGCAGCGACGAAAUCUCGCAAAGUUGCAAUAUAA